ACAGCCCUGUUCCAUGACAGAAAUAGCAGACGACAGUGUGCUGUGUCUUCCAUCUACUUUUGCGAUCCCUGGACGUGCUAGUGAACGAUCCAUAGUUAUUUUACAUUUUAUCGAAAUUGCGAGAAUUACACGAACGACGAAUUUACGAAUAUGACUGAAAUAACGGAUUUCGGUCCAAGAAAGACGAUUUUUAUCCUAGCGAUUGUAGCCGGGUGUUUUGCGGUAUUAUGGCCGAAAAUUUUUUAUCCAAUGCUAACAGCAUCUGUCAAUCCACAUCAUACGUCGGACAAUUCUGCAUGCUGCGAUGUAAUUUUUGAAAGCGAUGUCACUGCUGCUGAUAUAAUGUAUGAAAUAUGUCAGAAUAUACUGAAACAUCAUCAAAUUGAUUCAAGAGUAAGGGAUGCUUUGAAAAGUAUAAAAUUAACACCACAAAGUGCAAAUUUGUGUAGAGAAGAAAUUUUAGCCAGAUGUGGUAUAGAUUUAUCUACAUUUCUUGCUGAAAGGGAACGUCUGGGAAAAUCUUAUAAACAAGUUUUAGAAGAGAUCAGAUCGUUUAAUAGUUCCCUAUGUCUUAAAAUACACUUUCGUAUACCUCUUUCUCAACUAGGAACUCCACAUUUAAUUCGAAAUCAUAUUUUAAUGCCUCACAAUACUAUAAAACAAGAACGAAGUACACCUCCACAUGCAGGUGGUUUACAUCCUGCAUUGAGAGAACGUGGUAGAACUAUACCUUCUUCUCAUAUUGUACCAAAAGUUGCAGAGAGACCUGAUCAUGUUGUGCCAAAAAUGAGACCACCUUUAGGAGGUGCAGGGCAUGUUGUUCCUGCACCAAAAGGAAGUAGUACUAUGGGUAUUAUUAUGCCAUUAUAUACUUUGGGCAUUGUAUUGUUUUUCUUAUAUACAAUCGUAAAGGUGCUGAGAAAAAAUUCGGAUAGUGAAAUUAUUUCAGAAUAUCCAGGAGCUACAGCAGAGAAAGAAUUUCGAAGAAUGGUAUUUAGUCCUGAAGCUUUUGCUACUGCAAUGACUGGUGGUACAAUGCAUUAUCAGAAAGAAAGAUCUCCAUCACCACAAAGGCCUGCUCCUACCAUAGAGGAAUUAAAAGACCAAGCGGCAGGAGACAUAGAGAUAGAUCAACUGAGACGACGUUUGGUCGAGACGGAAGCAGCCAUGGAAAGAAUUGUUGUUCAGAUGGGCAACAUAUCACGUUCAGUUAUGCAUAGUUCAAGCCCACAACAAGAACUCAAGGACAAUGUCGUUGUCCAGGCUGAACAUAGUACAACAGAUGAAGAAGUAGAAAAUGUGGAACAUUCACCAACUGUUAAAGUCAUGGGUAUGGAAAUGACAGCUAGUUGCGAGGGUAAGGGUAGUAGACCUACUACUCCUAUAAUUCCAAUUUUACAAAGUCAUAUUGAGAGAGAAAAGACACCACCAAAACCAAUAUAUUUAGAAGGUGCACUUCCUCCACAGUGUGAAUUACUUGUAACAGAUUCAGAAACACAAGCUCAAAAAGCAGAAGAAGAUGUAGAGGCACCUGUUGUGCUUUCAGGCAAAAUGACCCUCUCUCUCAUCAGUCUCGACCAAAAUGCAGCUGAAUUUGAAAAAGAAGAUCGAGAAAUACAAAAUGCAGAAGAUACAACAGUCUCGAACAUAAAAGAUAUGGGAAAAUUAUUAAGAAUAGCUGAUGAAAAAGAGGAAGUAGAUGCCAGUAAAGUACAGAUUGAUGAAAUGAAAAAAAGUCAGGAAGUGAAACAAGAGCAAGUAAACAAAGAAGAAGAAAAGCAUGACAUAUAUCUAGAACAAGAAAGGUUUAGAAAUGAACAAGAACAAAUAAACGAAGGAAGAAACAAGAUGGAAAUAGAUGAAAUUGAAAAAACAGAAGAAGAUGAAGAAGAAGUAGAAUUAUCUGAUGAUGGAGAAGAAGAAAAAGCAGAAGAGAAAUAUACUGAAGGAGAAGGCGAAGUAGAUGAAGAGGAUAAUGAAAAGGAGGAGGACGAUGAAGAAGGAAACCAAAAAGAAGAUAACAAAGAAGAGCAGGAGGAAGACGAAGAGGAAGUGGAGGAAGGAGAAGAAAAUGAAGAGGAAGAAAGUGAGGAUGAAGAAAAAGAAGAUGAGGAGAAUGAAGAACAGGAAAUGACAGAAAGUGAAGAAGAAGAAGAAGAAAAAGAAAUGGUAGGCAAACAAGAGAGAAAUCAGAACAAUAGAGAAAAUAUAUAAAAAAUGAAUCUCAUUUUAUUAGUGAGAGACAACAAAUAUGAAAAAUCAGAAGAUAAUAACGGUUGUAAAAACAACGAAAUUGUAAAAAUUUUUGAAAGGAAAGUGAAAUAGCGCAAAUUAAAGAAUGAAAAUAAUGAAAAUAAUGGGUUGCCUUAUAAUGAAAAGACAGUUCAGAAUAAAAAGAAAAAACUAUAAUAACAAUGUUUAACUAAAUCAGUGUUUACCAAUCUUGAAAAUUUACAGACUAUAG